AAUUAUUAUACUUGUGAGUGUAGUGUGCGUGGAAAGAGAUGGGAAGGAGUCCAUGUUGCUCCAAGGAAGGACUCAACAGGGGAGCCUGGACUGCCUUGGAAGACAAAAUACUGAUGGCUUAUAUUAAAGCCCAUGGAGAAGGCAACUGGAGAAACCUCCCCGAGAGAGCAGGUUUGAAGAGAUGUGGAAAGAGCUGUAGACUCAGAUGGUUAAAUUAUCUUAGACCAGACAUCAAGAGAGGCAACAUUUCCCAUGAUGAAGAAGAACUCAUUAUCAGGCUCCAUAACCUUCUUGGUAACAGAUGGUCCCUAAUAGCUGGAAGGCUACCUGGGCGAACAGACAAUGAAAUCAAGAAUUAUUGGAACACUACUCUGGGGAAAAAAGCUAAAGGCCAAUCAUCUUCACAAUCCAAACAAAGCUCUCAAAGAAAAUCUAGAGCAAUUAAACCCAUGACCAGCACCCAACCAUCAAAGUCAACACAGACAACCCAAGUAAUCCGCACCAAGGCCACUAGGUGCACCAAGGUUUUGCUCUCAUUACAGUCACCACCACCGACACUGACACCACUACCACCACCUGAAAUUCUCUCCUCAACAGCCAUGAACGACCCCUCUCAAGCUUCCUUGAUAAAUCAUCAACAAGAUGGUCCAAAUUUUCAUUGCGGAACUGAAGAGGUUCAUGCAUGUCAUGAUGGCUCAGAUUUCUUCAAUUUCGGGAAGUGGAAUGAAAUUCAACCAAAUGAUAUAGACGGAGACACACUAAUGAAGAGUGGUUGUAACCGGAAUUUGUCCAGGGGUUCUGAAUAUUCCUUGGGCUUAUUUGAUGACCUCAUGUUCAAGGACUGGGCACUGAAUCAUUGUCCUGAAGACAAUGCAACUUUGGACCUAGAGUCUCUCGCACAUUUGCUUGAUUCUGAAGAGUGGCCUUGAGAUUAGACACUGACGAGAAACUACAGCAAAAUCUCCACCCUAGAAGAUAUAUCGGCACCUGUGGCAAGAAACUUGCCGACAUGAUCUCAUAUUGAAAUAAUCCGUUGAAAAAACUCUUGUCGGUGAUUUGUGGUCUGUCGAUAAUAAUUUUACAGAUAAAUUACCUGACGAACAAAGCACGCCAAAAAAACUUUACCCGCUUCAUUUUGUCGGUACUUCCAUAGCUGAAUAUAACAUAUCAUUAAUAGAAAAACCGUAUGUCAUGCCAUCAGUGAUUUUUUUCAUCAAUAGAUAUGUUUGUCAGUGAAUUUGACAUGUAACCGUCAAACAGACCGUCUGUUAUUCUGUAGGUGAGUACACUGUGGCAGUGAUAUUUACAGUAAUUCUUUUCUAA